CAUUCUACCGAGUACACACGAACAGCGGCCACAUCCACCGGAGACGAACCCGCGCUCGGUGACGUUUUUCUAUUAGCCUCCUUUUUACGCAGCCGCUUCCAGCAGAGCGCGCCGCGGAUCCGAGCCGGACUCCGUUCAUCCCGCCGCUCCACGGAACCGAACCCGCAGCAGCAGAGCAGUGACGAUGGGUUUCCUGCUGCCAGUUUCCUGCUAACAGCGGACAGAUAAAGCAGGACCAGAAUCCACCUUCCUCCACCAGAACCGGACCUGCACAGACCCAGAACCAGAACCAGCAGAGAGGAAGUAGUGAGCAGACGGAGGCGGCGGGUGAACUCAGUCGAUGGAUGCUGUCCGGAUCGAGGGGGCAGUAAGUUCUUCACUGACGAGGAAAAGAAAGAUUUCAAAAUUGAGUCGAAGGACAGAAACUCGCCGUCAGGCAUGGUGUGUGAGAAGGGGAUCCAGAUCCUCCUCACCACCGUGGGGGCGUUUGCCGCCUUCGGCCUGAUGACGGUGGCCAUAGGGACGGACUACUGGCUGUACUCCCGCGCCCUCAUCUGCAACAGCACGGCCAACGUCACCCAGGACGACCCCCACAACAAGGACAAGAAGGACCCCGGGGCCCUCACCCACUCGGGGCUGUGGAGGAUCUGCUGUCUGGAAGGAGUGAAGCGAGGAGUGUGCUCUCAGAUCAACCACUUCCCGGAGGAUGCCGACUUUGACCACGACGGGGCCGAGUACGUCCUACGGGUAGUCAGGGCUUCCAACAUCUUCCCAAUCCUCAGUGCCAUUCUGCUGCUGAUGGGAGGCGUUUGCAUCGCUGCUAGUCGUUUCUAUAAGAGCAAAAGGAACAUCAUCCUGGGAGCAGGAAUCCUCUUUGUGGCUGCAGGUAACUCAGGAAUAUCCUAGCAUUUGUACAUGCAUGUGAGAGUAAGAAAUUCCUCUUUAAUUAAGCUGCUUUUUCACUUGUGUUUGGACAGAUUUCAUGGUUGGGCAAGGAUUUCACGGGAAAAAGAUCCUGGUAUUGGUUAAAGAUUUGUGAACAUGUUAGAGACUUUUCUUAGGUUUUUGGUUCUUACUGUUGGCUGAUUGGUUGGAAGUUGGAUGGAAACACAGACAAUGAAAUAAACUACUGCAUCAUUUAAUGCCA